CCUUCAGGGCUUCGGUAGUUCUAUACUCGGAAGUCGAACUUACUUCGCUUCAUGCGCCACUCGCCAUUGAGCAACUUUUUUCCAGUUCGUCUGUCAAUCACAGAUUCACAUGUGUGAAGAAAGCGAGGUGGUAAAUAUAUAGUAAAGCUCUACUGAGUUUAAAGCUUUACUCAAAAUAUUGCUUUUGACUACCGUCAGUAGAGUCUAGCUAGUUGCUAACUAUUAGCAGCUCACGAGUUUCUGACAUUAGCAGGUAAGUAAGCUGCUAGCAGCGGUUACAGGCCAAGAAGAACCCGCCAGCAUGGACUCUUGGGUUCGGUUUAACGCCCAGAGCCAAGCCAAGGAGAGAGUCAUUAGGGCUGCUCAGUAUGCCUGCACUCUGCUGGGCUACACUCUACAGAAGGGCGGAGCCACGGCUGAACUUCACAAGACUGUCAGUCAGCUGGAAGCGCACAUGAGCAUGACGAGAAAGUUGCUGCGUCUGGGGAACUCUGUUGAGGCGCUGCAGGCGGCCAAGAGGGCCAUCCACCUGUCCGACAGCGUGCUGAGGCUGUGCCUGACCAUCAGCCACCUCAACAGAGCCAUGUAUUUCGUCUGUGACAAUGUCCUGUGGGCUGGGAAGACGGGCCUCAUCUCCAAACUGGACCAGCACAAAUGGAGUCAGCGGUCUUUUAGGUACUACCUCUUUGCUCUGAUCCUCAACCUGACUCGAGAUUUGUACGAGCUCCACCUACUAGUUGAGUGUGAGGGGCGUUACAGAGCCUCCAAAUCCCCACACUCUCCCGACCCCAGCACCACCCUGUCAGCUGACCACCUGUCCGCCCCCUCCACUGCAGCAUGGAUUCGCAGACAGCUUCACCUGCUGGGGACGGUGCUGUACAGCAACCCGCCACUGCUGUUGGACCUGGCGAAGAACGUUUGUGAUAUCUUCAUCCCCUUAGAUCGGCUAGGGAUUUACCCUACAGGUCCAGGUUUUGUCGGGACCUGUGGCAUGGCCUCAUCUGUCCUCUCCAUCUUCACCAUAGUCCACCCCUGGCUCAAACUCAAGCCAUGAACCCAGAUCCAAAGUGGAGAUGGACCCACAAGGCGGACUAAGUUGAGAAUCUAACAGGGCUAGCACACAUAUUGUUCUGUACAGACAGCAGCUGCUGGUGUUCUGCAGGUUUUUCCACUCUGCAUUACAUACUGCUUUCACUAAUUAUCUGCUCGCAGCAGAUUAGACCUGCAUGUUUGAACCGAUCAAAGCUUCAGAUGGAAGACAAGUUGUGACCCAGCAGUGUAGCAUAAAGAUCGCCGUCAUCCACACAUCAGUCCUGCAAGUGUAGAUCUCAGAAUACUAAGUCAUCUUAGUGGCACACGAGAGGGGACCACUAAGCUGGAUCGGUUAUCAUUUGUCCACUCAAUCUCAACACAAAGUUACUGGUUAUCAGCUACCGACUCGCAUCCAGCAAGAGAAAAGAAAAAGAAAUCAAGGUGCUUGUUGAUGAUGUGCCAACAUUUCCAAUGCAUCCAUCAUGCUGCAUUUACGGGUGUCAACAAUAUUUACAGUGCUUCAUUUUUUUUUUUCUGUCCCGAUACAGCCUUAUUCCAAAAUUGUUACAAUGUUUUUGCCUCCACAAUACAACAAUGAUUUAAGUGCAACGUUUUCUUUUUAAUUAACAUAAGGAUUCAGCCUCUUCCACUGACCUGUUUCUCCAGAGUCCACCUGUGGUAAAUUCAGUUGACUGGACAUUUGUAAAGGCACACACACUGGUCUAUAUGAGGUCCCACAGUGGACCGUGCAUGUCAGAGCACAAACCAAGCCAUGAUGUCCGAGGAAUUGUCUGUAGACCUCCGAGACAGGAUUGUAUUCUGCAGCAUGAAGGUCCCAAUAAGCACAGCGACCUCCAUCAUCCACAAAUGGAAGAAGUUUGGAACCACCCAGACUUCCUACAUUUGUCCGCCCGGCGAUCGGGGAGACGAGGUGACCAGGAACCCGAUGGUCAUUCCGACAGAGCUCCACCGUUGCUCUGAGAGUUCUGCAUUAACAUAGAUUAGGUGUGCCAAGCUUGUAGCGUUGUACUCAAAAAGAUCUGAGGCUGUAACAAAGUAUUGAGCAAAGGCCGUGAACACUGUUGAGUUGUAGUGGAUUUUAUAUACACUUGCACAUGUAGAUAAGAGAGGUUAUGUUUUAAAUUAAUACAUAAAGAAAGAUAUGAUAAUUAAUUUGAGGAAUAUUCUGAGGAAUGUAUUAUGAAGCAUAAGAGAGGAUCACUGUUUUAUUAUUCUGUUUGUUAAUGACAAAUGUAAUGAUUAAUUGAAUGAUGCAUGGGAAUGAAUGGAUGUUUUAUUGUUUAGACAAUAGUUAAAGGGAUGCCGAUUAAAACCUGAGAUGUUGCUUUUAUUCUGAAGGCAGGAUAAUAGGGUUUUAUUCUGAAGGGGAACUUCCUGUCCUUGACCGGAAGUGUGAGCUUUGACCCCGUCAGAUUAUCGAUUUGAGGCAUUCUUUGAAGUGGCCAAUGGAACUAACCCUCAGGUGUGAACCUCAUGUCUUAUUCUCUGGUCAGCAGCAUGCUGUGUCUCUGAAAGGUAUUUACAUGAAUACCUCCACUAACCAAUGGAACUAACCUUCAGGUGUGAACCUCAUGUCUUAUUCUCUGGUCAGCGUAGCAUGCUGUGUCUCUGAAAGGUAUUUACAUGAAUACCUCCACUAACCAAUGGAACUAACCUUCAGGUGUGAACCUCAUGUCUUAUUCUCUGGUCAGCGUAGCAUGCUGUGUCUCUGAAAGGUAUUUACAUGAAUACCUCCACUAACCAAUGGGAGCUUAGCUCAGCGAAUGGACUGCGAAUAAAACUAAUUGUAAGACGUGAAUUUGGUCUCUUACGUGGUGACGCCAGACAACCUGCUGCCUACGUCGGUAGACUGUGGAAGCGAAAUCACGUGAGCGCGUUUGGGCCGGGACUGUAUGUAUACAGAUGACUCUUGUUUGUUAUGAUUAAAUAAUGAUUAUAUAUCUCUGGCUUCGGAGCUUCUUCCAAGCACCAGGUAGCUCGAGAUUCUUUGAACUCAUACAAUACUUAUGUACGUGUUAUAUUUCCCUUCUUUUGAAUACAUUUGCAAAAAUUCAA